UUGCAUGAGUUCGACCAUGAAUCCGCAUCGCUGCAAAGAAUAAAAAAAUCCUCACAAAAAUAAAGAAAGAAAGAAGGAAAGAAAAAAGUUCGGUACGGGGCUGUGCGUUCAGUUUACAUGCUCCACGAAAUUAAUAAUCAGGAAGUAGUAAAAAAGUACGAGGUGAAUGGUUUAUAGAGAUCUUCCAUCUGGAGCUAAUUACAGGAUUAUCCCGGUCUCUGGACAGUUGAAGUGACAGAAAAAGUUUGCCAUAGCGAGUCCCUGGAAGCAAAAUGACCGGAACAUUACUCUCCGUGUUAAUGCUGUUGUGUGGUUAUGUAUUGGCGGACCCAAAGAGGUUCGAUGGACACAAAGUUCUACACAUUCUUCCUGACUCCAUAGAGCACCUGAAUAACGUCCUUGAAUUGAAGGAGCUCUUAAAUCUGAAUAUAUGGCGCCACCCACGCAUGGGAAAUCUGUCUAUGGAUGUCCAUGUAGAGCCACACAAACUAGAGCUGGUGCUUACGUCACUCCAACAGAUAGGUGCUGACGUCAGAGUCUGGAUCCACGACAUACAGCAACUUAUUGACAAUGAGCAGAAACAGACAAAGAAAAAGGAUACAGGAUUUAACUAUUUUGCCUAUCACAGAUUUUCUGCGAUCAAGAAAUACCUUGCUGACGUAGUCACAGCAACAAACUCAAUGAAUAAUGUGAGUGCCCAGUUGACAACUAUAGGUUACAGCUUCGAAUUCAGGGAAAUACAAAUGAUAAAGGUUUCAAGAAACGAUGGCUUGUCGCGCCCCGCUAUUGUUAUUGAUGGUGGGAUCCACGCCCGGGAAUGGAUCUCCCCGGCCACAGUUCUUUAUUUCAUUGGACAGCUGGUAUCAGGGGAUGAGUUUGACUAUUCUCCCAAACUCCUCGACAAAUUUGAUUGGUAUUUCAUCCCUCUUCUGAACCCUGACGGCUACGAAUACUCACACACAACGGAUAGACUUUGGAGGAAGAACCGCGUCAGCCAUGGCGAAAAAUGCAUCGGAGUUGAUAUAAACCGAAAUUUUGGAUACAUGUGGAACCCAGUAAUCAACAGAAGCACAAAUAGCUGUUCAGAUGUAUACGCCGGCCCCUUUGCUUUUUCUGAGGAAGAAAGUUUCGCUUUGAAGAUGUUUAUUCUCAACAACAAGGAUAACAUUACCGCCUACCUGACAUAUCAUUCCUACGGACAGAUGUGGCUGUAUCCCUGGGGGUACACCUCUGCUCUUCCUACUGACUGGCAAGAACUGGAUUCUGCUGCAACAGUAGGAACAGAAGCUCAGGAAAGUCUGUACGGCACUCCCUAUUUGGCCGGACCCACCGUCAAAACUCUUUAUUCUGCGACAGGUGUAUCCGAAGACUGGGCGAAAGGAGUCGCUAAUAUAAAGUAUUCUUACACUAUAGAACUCCGGGACACUGGCUCCUUUGGGUUUUUGCUUCCACAAGAUCAGAUAGAACCCAACUGUAGAGAAUCCUGGAAAGCACUGGGCGAGUUUGCUCUUGCUCUGGCUGCAAGAGAAAAAUAUAAAGAAAUAAAAGAUAUAUAAAAAUUGAGUUUAUUUUUCUUUCGAACAAUUGCCAUAAUGAUGGGGAAAAUUAUGUAUUUUUUAAGAUACUGCUUGAAUAAUAUUUAUGGAUUUUUUAAAAAAUGUUUAUGAUUUAAUGUAAAAUGUACACAAUCAAGAAACCUGUAUUAAUAAACAGUACCCCUGUUUUCUCAUUCAGGGAUUUAAUAUAUAUCAAAUAUAUAAAUAUUACUUCAUGUGAAGCCUGUUUCCAAUAUUGAUGGACUAAAAUGUUUUCAAGAAAGCCAAAAUAAUGUUGCUAAAACUUUUAGAGUAUAUACCUAUGUUUUAAAAAUUCUAACGAACUGUAACUCUUAAUUAUAGAUGUAGAUACACGAAAACGGUAUAGUUUUACAAACGGGUAAAAAUAAUCAGUUUUUUAAAGACUCCUAGCAACAACUGCAUCAAAAGAUAGUUUAAGCUCUUAAAACAUGACACUCUAAACAACGAAUCCUAUUAAUCUAGAAAUUGUAACUAAUUGUACAUGUCGUACGCAGCAUUUUAACAGAC